UGAUUGUUUUGAUAAAAAUUGAAUUCAAAACGAUAUGGUUUGGUGAUUCAGGAGAGUGAAGCUGUGAAUCUGAAGCUGUAUUCACACUGGAUGAGCUCCUGCUCCUUCCGAGUUCGAUUCGCUCUCAACCUCAAAGGCUUAAAAUACCACUACGUAGCUAUCACCACCUCCUCCAAAUCUGACCCCGAGUUCCUCAAGUUGAAUCCUCUUGCUUUAAUUCCCAUUCUGGUAGAUGGCGAUUUUGUUCUUGCUGAAUCCUUAGCCAUUAUUAUGGUUGGUCCUCCAACUCUUGAUUUUAAUUUCCCUGUUUCUCUUAUAUAUUCUUAUUUAUAUUCAAUUAUUCAUGUUCUCUAUGUUGCACAUAUUUUUUUGCAGAAUAACAUCAUUGAGAAAAAGGUUGGCCCUUAUGAAAAACUUCCUUGGGCACAAAGUGUCAUUAGAAAGGGCUUCACAGGUGACACUUCACUGAAUACCAUUAAGAUAUAUUAUGUGCAAGAUCACUUGGAGGAUUUUAAUUGGUGCUGCCGUGGAAUAUGUAAUCCGACAACCCAUUCCAGAGCAGUCCCGCUGGGAAUGAACAAGGGAAUGAACACUGAUACAAUUGUUAAGGCCAAGAGUUUUCUUGAUGGUGAUGAAGAUCAGCAUGAAAAAGAUGUGUUUGAGAAGAAUCUGAAGGUGCUUCAGAACAUUUUUUAGUCAUUAUGCCAAAAUUAGAAGAUUAACGAUUUUCUGUUUGUUAAGCUCUUUUCGGAUAUAGAGUGCAAACUUUGCAUUUUAAUUGAUAUGUGAUACAAG